CGGAAGUGGCUCAAACGCCCAGACGAGGACUUCCGGUCUACAUUUUGUAAACACACAAGAAUAAGGACGGCGAAACAAGUUGGUGGAGCACUUUAAAUAUGUCGCUAGCGAUGUAUUCAUGUGUGUCUUAGUCACGGUAACAUUGCAGAAGGUGUAGUCGGUCGACGCCGUGCUUGUUGUCUUCCUCCGCGGAAGAAAGACGACGGCAGCUAGCAGGAGUACAGUUAGUGUUGUCCUUCUUCAUGCUGCCUCCACUUCGAUGGGGAACUGUCUGUUUGCAGCAGGAGCAGACGACCUGUCGCCGCUCAACGACUCUGAGGGUGGAAGCUUGCCCGGCGAGCCGCCGCCACCUUACCAGGCACGCCCUCAGCCUGUGCAGGUGUACCAUCCCACCCCAGGAGAGAGCCGUCCCGCCAGUCAGCUGACCGAGGAAGAGCAGAUCCGCAUCGCCCAGCGUAUCGGCCUCAUCCACCACCUGCCCAGGGGCAUCUUUGACCCGGGUUCUGACCCUUCCGACCGCAAAGUGAAAGAGUGUGUGAUCUGCAUGAUGGACUUCGAGUAUGGGGACCCCAUCCGGUUCUUGCCCUGCCUCCACAUCUACCACACAGACUGCAUCGACGCCUGGCUCAUGCGCUCCUUCACCUGCCCCUCCUGCAUGGAGCCCGUGGACGCCGCGCUGCUCGCCACCUACGAGGCCAACUGAGGCGACGGCUCCAAGUACCUGCACCUUUUUCUUAGUCCAAAACUGUCCCAGCUGCUCCAGAAAAGGUAGACAGGGUCAUGUGACGUGCGACGCGUGUUCUGUAGGAAGCAUCAAAAAAGUCUACUUUAUAGUCGCUGCUUGGUCGGGGCGGGGGACGCUUUGCCUUACUUAGAACAGUCAUGUGCCAAACCAUGCAAAGUAGCAGCAGAAUAAUUUCCCAUUUAUGAAACUGACACUGUUAGCGCUUCUUUACUUUCAUGUCAUGUGCAAUAUGUCAUAGAUACAGUUAGCUAUAGUAUCCAAAGUCUGGCCCUUUUAUUGGCCAUAGGCACAAUAAUAAAGAUGUAUCAUUUACAUAUUGUCAGCUAGAACACACAACUAAGAUGUCAGUGUUUUGUUCAGAUACAUCACUUCAAAAGGGUUAUUCAACCUUUUAAAUUACAAAUUAAUUGAUUAAAAGUCUCCCCAUAUUAAUAUUUUAUACAUGAAGAGCACAAUAAAAUAACAUGUCAUUAUCUCAACGUCAGCCCAGCCUUAACGGAAAUAUCCUACUAGGUUUUUAAAAGUGACAAAACUAUAAAAAUUGUGUAAAAAUUCUGACAAGUUAUAAAAACAUGAAUAUUUAAUUGUAUUAUUUAUCAUAAUAGUAUAAAAAAUCUAAGUGUACCAAGUAUAGAAUAGAUAGAUUUUUUAGAUUAAUUUCAGAAAAAGAAAAUAAUAAUGCUACAAAAACAUUAUUAUUUUUGUUUUAAAUGAGUAUUAGGUCCACAUGGAAAUGUAAAAUUAUAGUCUUACAUUUUUUUUACUAUAAUGUCAUAAGUGUUAUAUUUCUUUUCAAGAAAAAAAUGCUAAUACAACCAAGAAAAAGUCAGUUCGUAUUCAUGCAAAAAUAUGUCUUUUUUUGCAAAUUUUUAAACGUGUUCUACUAUUUUCAUGAUGUUUUGAUUUUUUUUGUGGUAAUUAAUAUUGUUACUCUUUUGCUGGUAAUUUAAUGAUUUCAAAUGAUCAACCAUAAAAUUAUGGUUUCUUCUUGUCUUUAUUUAAUAAUGAUGAUGUUGUCUCAAUAUAAAGAACAUUUCGCAAAAUGACACUUUCAUUCUCCUAUUGUUACGAUACUACGACAUCUUGUUAAGAAAGGAAUUGUCAUAUUAUCAUUUUAGUUUUUAAAACAGUUUGGUGGUCAUAGUAUUUCUACUGAAUUUGGAAGUAUAACUAUUCCAUUUCCAAUGUGGCUCUAAUAUUCCUUUCCUAAAGAAUAAAAUAUUUCAAAGUUAAUCUUUUGAGUUUUUGUCAUUAGUUUUCACAAUAUAUCUCUGUGGUGUUUAUUAGUUGACAUUUGUGUUUUUCAACAAUGUUUAAAAGUUUUUUUUGACUUGUCAAGCUGCGAAGUGAUGACUUUUCCAUUUCUUGGUCUGCUUUUUGCCAGCAGCAGAGCUGAAUGUUUUGUAUUCUUCUGUGCCUUUGAAGGAAGAUUCUUAUGACGUACAAUCAUGUCGACCGUGUACUUCCCCGUAGUUGUCCACUAGAGGGAGCCAGACACCCGUUUGUGUCGCAGUAAAAUAGGUCCGACUCCUUUGCUCGUGUGAGGUGUUGUUCGCCCACCCGUCGCUGCUGCUGCUGCGACUAAUAGUCAUUUUGUGUUUUAAUGUAAAUGUGCAAAUCAUGUUUUGGAAAGUUUAUUUAAUCCUAAUAAAGGUGAUAAUGAGCUCCCACGAC